CCAGAAUUAUUUUGGGAGCGAAGAGAGUGUCAAGUGAUCUGACUACUGCUGAAGAGGAGACUGAAGCCAUCUCUGAGUGGAGAUUUUGGACUUGCGGGAGGACGGCUGUGUGUGUCCCCUCCAUGUGGCAGAACUGCUCCUCCUUACCAAGGAAGUCAAAGUGAAGGAAAUAGGUCAAGGGCAGAUUUUACAUUCCACCCAAAAGGCACCACAGUUUGAGAUGAGGAAUUCAGAAGAGCAAGCAGCUACGACUGUUUUACAGCGCCUGCUGCAGGAGCAGCUCAGAUACGGAAACCCAAAUGACAACCGUAACCUUCUUGCCUUACACCAGCAAGCCACAGGAAAUGCCCCCCCUUUCAACAGCACCGGGAGUCCAGCAUCUCAGAACGAAGGGCUGAGCUCCCAGGACCACCAGCUUGUGACUCAUGCUGCCCGUCAGGAGCCCCAGGGCCAGGAGAUACAGGUGGACAACAGCAUCAUGGAGAAGCAGCUCUCUCCGCGACUCCAGAACAGUGAGGAUCUCCCGACCUACGAGGAAGCCAAAGUCCAGUCACAGUAUUUCAGGGGCCAGCCGCAUGCUAGUGUUGGGGCAGCCUUUUAUGUAACGGGGGUCACCAACCAGAAGAUGAGGACUGAAGGGCGGCCCACGGUUCAGCGGGUGAGCCCAGGGAAGGUCCACCAGGAUGAAGGACUUAAGGACCUCAAGCAAGGGCACGUCCGCUCCUUGAGCGAGAGGCUGAUGCAGCUGUCCUUGGCCACCAGCGGUGUCAAGGCCCACGCGCCGGUGACGAGCGCACCGCUCUCCCCCCUCUCUCCGCUUUCUCCUCAGCAGUCCAGUGACCCUUAUAAAAAUUCUGGCUCCAAUGAGUUCUACAAGAACUCAGUGCAGCCCCCUUCCCAGCCCAACAUGAAAGGAAUGGAGCAGCGGGGUCCUCCUCCAGAGUAUCCUUACAAAAAUGUGUCCACCCCAUCUAUGAACUGCAAACCUCAGGACUCGGGACAUUUCUACAGCGAUCACCGCAUGAGCCAGCAGGGAAGGUCUGAUGGGCCCAUGAUGAGGUAUCAACAUCCCCCUGAGUACGGGUCAGUCAGGCAAAACCCAGAUGUGCAGCUGCAGUUACAACAGAGGCCUCCUCACCAUCACAGCCCAACUUCUUCCUUGACAUCCCUGGGAUCUUUGACUCUGCUUCAGUCUCCACCACCAUCCAGGCUGUCCCCUUCCCAGCAUCAGCAACCUCUGACUCCAAGCCAGGGAGAUCCUGGCAUUCUGCCACGGACCCAGCAGCCGUUCUUGCCAAACCAGGUCCAUCAGGGAGAUCUGUACCGACUAUGCCAGCCCUUCCUAGGCCCCCAGCAGCAGCAAGGCGAUUCCUACGCAGUCAUGUCCCGGGCUCAGCAGAUACCCUCUCCAUAUCAACAAAUGCAAGUAGAUCCUUUUGCCAUCGUUUCCAGGGCCCAGCAGAUGGUGGAAAUCCUGUCAGAAGAGAACCGAUCUUUACGACAGGAGCUGGAUGGGUGUUAUGAGAAAGUAGCCCGGCUGCAGAAGCUGGAAACAGAAAUUCAGCAAGUUUCAGAGGCGUACAAAAACCUGGAGAAAUCAUCCUCUAAGCGGGAUGCCCUGGAAAAGGCCAUGAGAAACAAGCUGGAAGGAGAAAUUCGUAGGCUUCAUGAUUUCAACAGGGAUCUAAGAGAACGUAUGGAGACAGCCAACAAGCAGCUUGCCGAGAAGGAAUUUGAGGGGUCUGAAGACAAUCGCAAAACCAUCUCUCAGCUCUUUGCACAAAACAAGGAAACACAGCGGGAAAAAGAGAAACUGGAAAUAGAACUGGCUGCUGCACGCUCCACCAAUGAGGACCAACGGAGACACAUUGAGAUCCGAGACCAGGCUUUGAACAAUGCUCAGGCCAAGGUGGUGAAACUGGAGGAGGAGCUCAAAAAGAAGCAAGUCUAUGUCGAGAAGGUAGAGAAGAUGCAGCAGGCCUUGGUUCAGCUGCAGGCAGCGUGUGAGAAACGGGAACAGCUGGAACACAGGCUGCGGACCCGACUGGAGAGAGAACUGGAAUCUCUCCGGAUGCAGCAGCGUCAGGGUACGUCUCAGGCUGCCAAUGUCUCAGAGUACAAUGCCACGGCGCUUAUGGAGCUCUUGCGCGAGAAGGAAGAAAGGAUUCUUGCUCUGGAAGCUGACAUGACCAAGUGGGAACAGAAAUACCUGGAGGAGAGCGUGAUGAGACAGUUUGCUUUGGAUGCAGCUGCAACUGUGGCUGCUCAGAGGGACACGACAGUGAUCAGCCACUCACCUAACCCUAGCUAUGACACCUCACUGGAAGCUCGCAUUCAGAAGGAGGAGGAAGAAAUCCUGCUUGCCAACAGGAGGUGUCUGGACAUGGAGGGAAGGAUCAAGACUCUGCACGCUCAGAUCAUUGAGAAGGAUGCCAUGAUCAAAGUCCUGCAGCAGCGCUCCCGGAAGGAGCCUGGUAAGACGGACCAGAUCUCCUCAAUGAGACCUGCCAAGUCACUCAUGUCCAUAUCGAACGCUGGCUCGGGCCUGCUGUCCCACUCCUCAACCCUGAGCAGCACUCCCAUCCUGGAGGAGAAGAGGGAGGACAAGAGCUGGAAAGGCAGCCUGGGUGUUCUGCUGGGAACUGAGUAUCGCUCUGAAUCCAUUCCCUCCACCCCGUCUCCUGUCCUUCCUUCCACACCAUUGCUCUCAGCCCACUCAAAAACAGGCAGCAGAGACUGCAGCACCCAGACUGACCGGGGGAACGAGCAAAACAAAACUGCACCUCCCACUGCAGCUUCCACAACAGGACGACUCCCCAGUACCAGCCUGACCUACAGUGCAGACAAAACAGAUGGGCAGCUCUUCCACUCCAGCACCCUUGAAAGAAAAGCCCCUGUUCAGAGCAUGGGGCAGGACCUCCCAGAUGGAGAGAUGGUAGAAUACCUCAUCUGAAAGGCUGGACCAGGAUCUGAACUGGGAUACAGUAGCAAGAAAUUUUUAAAAGACAUUUUUCUUGGGAAAAAAUUGUAGUACCUGAGUAAUAAAAGAACACUCAGCUGUUUGCUCUUGUAUAUUAUGUCUCAAAAGUAUGAACGGGUUAAUUUAUAAUUUGUUCUAAAUUAUAAAAAACCCGUAACAUU